AUGGCCCCCGCCCCCACCGAGACCGUUGGUCUCCGCGAUGCCACCUUCACCGUACCUCACAAGACCGACGCUGGCCACAACAAGGAAAACUUGAUCGGAUACAGAUACGAAAAGGAGGCCGAACUGAAGGGCACCGAUAAAAUUGCGCCAGCGACUUACCCCAACUAUCUUCCAGUGUGGGACAACGAAACCGCCAGAUACCCCCCUCUGACCCUCUUCGAGCACUACGACCACGGCAAAGAUGCCGACCCCAGCUUCCCCGACCUCUUCCCCAAGGACGGUCCCGCCAAAGUAGACGAGAUCACCCCCUUCAUUGGCUCCGAGAUUCACGGCGUGCAAUUGAGCAAACUGUCCCAAGCCGGAAAAGACCAAUUGGCUCUCUACGUGGCUCAGCGUCGAGUAGUCGCCUUCCGCGACCAGGACUUCGCCUCCCUCCCCAUCCAAGAAGUUGUCGACUACGCCGGCUACUUCGGCCGCCACCACAUCCACCAGACCUCUGGCGCCCCCAAGGGCUUCCCAGAAAUCCACCUCGUCUUCCGCGGCGCCGAUGACCGCACCGGCGCCAACUUCCUGGAACAGCGCACCAACACCAUCACAUGGCACUCGGACGUGACCUUCGAGAAGCAGCCUCCCGGCACAACGUUCCUCUAUGUUCUUGACGGUCCGUCAACAGGCGGAGAUACCCUCUUCGGAGACAUGGUGCAGGCGUAUAAGCGUCUGUCGCCAGAGUUCCAAAAGCGACUGCAUGGUUUGAAGGCCGUCCACUCGGGCGUCGAGCAGGUCAAUGCCAGUUUGAAUGGUGGUGGCAUUGCUCGUCGUGACCCCGUUACUUCUGAGCACCCCAUUGUUCGGACGCACCCUGUUACUGGCGAAAAGGCGCUUUAUGUGAACCCUCAAUUCACCCGUUACAUCGUCGGGUAUAAGAAGGAGGAAUCAGACUACCUGCUCAAGUUCCUCUUUGACCACAUUGCACUCUCGCAGGACUUGCAGGCCCGUAUUCGAUGGAAGGCCGGUACUGUGGUUGUCUGGGAUAACCGCCUGGCCUGCCACUCUGCCGUGUUUGACUGGGAGGAUGGCCAGCGUCGACACAUUGCCCGGUUGACUCCACAGGCGGAGCAGCCUUAUGAAACACCUUUUGAGGCUUAG